AUCUCCACAUUCAUCCAUGAGUGGCGAGCGCAAGUUUGGCUUGUUCGUGCCUGGCGCCAAUGCACAGCAACCCGUCGCAGCGACUCGAUCCGCGAACGUCUUUGGCGACGACGACGACGAUGAUGAUGCUAAUGCUAAUGCUACUGCCAAUAUCAGCAGCAGCAACAAGUCGGCGACUGCGACUGGGUACGACGGGCGCGCUGCCGUGAACAGACAACUCGCGCAGAACGCAGAGCGAUUGGCAAAGAAGAACGCAAAGGAACAGGCAAUGGUGCUCGAAGAAGACCCCUCCGUGUAUGGCUUCGAUGAGCUGUACGAUGAUAUCCAGGCUGCAAAGAAGACAGAGAAGGCACAGAUUGCUGCGCAAGCGCAAAAGCAAGCACAGCAGCCAAAGUACGUGCACGCACUGCUAAACAAGGCGGUCGAGCGGAAAAAGGAAAGCGAUCUGCGCCAGGAGCGCAAACUGCAAAAGCAGGCCGACGACGACGCCAAAGAGUUUGGCGACAAGGAGCGGUUUGUGACAAGCGCAUACAAGGAAAAGCUCGCUGAAAUGAAGCAGCUCGAGGACGAAGAGCGAGCCAAGGCUGAGCUCGAGGAGAAGCGGGAUGCCAGUCGCGGCCGCGAUCUGGGCAGCUUUUACGGCAACUUGCUCUCUCGCAACGUGGCUAUGGGGGGACCAAGCGAGGACAGUCAAGCGAAAAAUGCCACAGACGCAAGCCGAAAACCGGGCGAACAACGACCUGGGGACGACAUGAUCCAGAACGCGCUGUCAACGCUUCGCCAAAAGCGCGGCGAUGGCAACUUUCAGCAGCAGCCGCCCAAUCCUCGCCGAUCGCGCCCGCCCCAGUACAACCCUCCGCCCCAAGACACGCAAAAGCUCCAAUUUUCUUCCAUCGAAGACCUCAAGAAGCGCUUUGCUCGUCGGAACACACCCGAGCAAAUCGAAGAAGCGCGGCAACGGUAUCUCGCACGGCGUGCCGCGCGUAGUCAUUGAGAAUGCUUGCUUGUACACCUGCUGCAUUUGAAUUGGACAAAUGUAUUUCAAACGUUAAACAAACAAAAAUCAAAGGCCUGUCCGUUCAAUCUGAAGGAAGGACCUUUUACCAAAC